CAUUGAACUUUGAAGUUCAAAUUCACACGUACAACACAUCUAUAUAUAUAUAUACACACACACAUAAUUUGUUGCUCACAAAUGGACACACCAAAGGAAAAAGACAGGGAGAUAGUUGUAUCAAUUGGUGGUGGUGGUGGUGGUGAAAAUGGUGAAGAGCCAUCGAGUUUAAGUAAAUCAAAGCUGCUUCCCCAUGGGAGGACAAAAUCUAUCCAUCCACCCAUUGAAACCUUUUGGCAACUCCCUCCUCAACAAGAGCACAAGCAGCCUUCGAAUUUCGGGUUCAAGUCAUUAAUGUCUUACCCGAUCAAAUUUCGGGACUCAUUGACCCGAAUCAGGAGGACCAAAAGCAUGCAGAUUGUUCUUGAAGGAGCUCAUGAUCCAAAGGAUGAACAACUUGUUCAAUCUUUCCGUAAAUUGCUUUUGGUUGAUGGCCACCUACUGGGAAACCACAAUGACUAUCAUACCCUUCUACGGUUUCUACGAAUGAGGGAUUUUAAUUUUUUUAAAGCAAAGGAGAUGUUUUUGAAUUUUCUCAAGUGGCGUGAGGAUUUCGGUGAUGCCAUUCCCAAGGAAUUUAUGUUUAAGGAGCAUGCAGAAGUAAAGAAAUGGUAUCCUCAUGGAUACCAUGGAGUUGAUAGAUAUGGUAGACCAGUAUACAUUGAAAGGCUUGGGAUGGUAGACCUUAAUUCCCUACUGCAAAUAACAACCAUAGAAAGAUUUGUUAAGUAUCAUGUCUCAGAACAAGAGAAAACCUUAAAUUUGAGAUUCCCUGCAUGUUCAAUUGCAGCUAAGAGACACAUUGCAUCCACCACAAGUAUCUUGGAUGUUAAUGGAGUGGGAAUGUCUAAUUUCUCGAAGCCUGCAAGAUAUCUCUUUACAGAAAUCCAGAAGAUCGAUAGCAAUUAUUACCCAGAGACUUUAAAUAGACUCUUUAUCAUUAAUGCUGGCUCUGGGUUUCGGAUUCUAUGGAAAGUUAUCAAGACCUUUCUGGAUGCAAGAACAAUAGCAAAAAUUCAAGUGCUUGGGUACAACUACAUUAGUAACCUGCUAGAAGUUAUUGAUUCUAGUAAUUUGCCAUCUUUUCUGGGUGGGAACUGCACAUGUUCUGACUAUGGGGGUUGCCUAUUAAGUGACAAAGGACCCUGGAACAAUCCAGAGAUCAUAGAAAUACUUCAGACACUUUCCACAACAGAAGAUGAUAAUGGAGAAAAUGGUGUGGCUUCAGAUGCCUUCUUGCAGAAUAUGAGACAUGAAGAGUCAGAACGUGUGGAAAGAAAAAAUGCAGAUAAGUUUGCAUUAAAAACUAUCCAGGCAUUGGAAGCUGCACUUGAAGAAACCAAGACAAAAAUUGAGGCACUGGAAGCUGUACUUGCAGACACCAAGCUGGCCUUGAAAGGACUCGUACAACAGAAUAUAGAGGAUUGACAAGAGUUUGAACUUGGGAAGUACAGCUAUGGCAUCAUUAGUAAAUUGAUUUUCUUUUACAUUGCCUACUAAUUAUACUAAUUCCUAUUGACAUGAUAUACCAAUUGUGACAAUUAGAUUUUUAUCCAUUUAUA